CACGUUGUUUUUUUUUCAAGUUUAUUUGAAAGGGCACGUUUAUUAUUGGCUUAAAUAGUUCUCCUCAAACGAUAAAUAAAAAGCGGGUUACUUUCUGUUGAAUUUCCUUUUUUUUCUUCUUCACAGAUAUACUUUUUUUUUUGUAUACACUUCUUUAACACACUUUUUUUAAAUAAGCACUAUGGAUGACACUUAUGACAUUAUUGUUCUCGGUACAGGUUUAACCGAAUGUAUUCUUUCUGGUAUUUUUUCUGUCGAAGGUAAAAAAGUCCUUCAUAUGGAUCGUAAUGAUUACUAUGGUGGAGAGUCUGCUUCUUUAAACUUGACACAGCUCUAUCGCAAGUACAGACCCGACGAACAGGUCCCUGCCGAAUUGGGUCGUGAUCGUGAUUACAAUAUCGACUUGAUUCCCAAGUUCAUGAUGGCCAAUGGUGAAAUCGUACGUUUCUUGACCCAUACCGACGUUACUCGUUACCUUGAAUUCAAGCAAAUUGCUGGCUCCUUCUUUUACAAGGACGGUAAGAUUUCAAAGGUGCCUACUACCGAAUUGGAAGCCGUCUCUACUUCUUUAUUGGGUCUUGUUGAAAAACGUAGAUUACAAAAGUUCUUCGAAUUUAUCCAAAACUAUAAGGAUUCUGACGAAAGCACGCAUGAAGGCUUAAAUCUCGAUUCAAACACCAUGGUCGAUGUAUAUGCAAAGUUCGGUCUUGAACCCAGUACUCAAGAUUUCAUUGGACAUGCUAUGGCACUUCAUUUGGACGAUGAUUAUCUUCAAAAACCUGCUCGCGAAACCACUGAAAAGAUUGUUCUUUAUGUCGCUUCUAUGGCACGUUAUGGUAAGAGCCCUUACAUCUAUCCCCUUCACGGAUUGGGUGAACUCCCUCAAUCCUUUGCCAGAUUAAGUGCUAUUUAUGGUGGCACCUAUAUGCUCGAUAAGGCAGCUGAUGAGAUUCUCUAUGAAGGAGGUGUUGCUGUGGGUGUUCGUUCAGGUACAGAGACCGCUAGAGCCAAACAAAUUAUCUGUGAUCCUUCUUAUGCUACGGACAAGGUCAAGACAACGGGUAAAGUUGUUCGUGCCAUUUGUUUCUUGAAACAUCCUAUUCCCAACACAACCGAAUCUGACUCUGUUCAAAUCGUGAUUCCUCAAAAUGAGUUGGGUCGUGGUCAUGAUAUCUACGUUGCCAGUGUCUCUAGUAACCAUGCUGUAUGCCCCAAGGAUAUGUAUUUGGCUAUUGUCUCUACAAUUGUUGAGACAGAGGAUCCUGAAUCCGAAAUCAAGGCUGGUUUAGAUAUUUUGGGUCCCAUUCAUGAUAAGUUUAUUCAUGUCUCUGAUAUUCAAGCCCCUCUCAAUGACGGUACUGCUGAACAAGUCUUUGUCUCCAAGUCGUAUGAUGCUUCUUCUCAUUUUGAAACUGUGUGUGAUGAUGUCAAGAGUAUUUACACUCGUAUGACUGGAUCUGAUCUUGUUCUCAAGAAGAGAUCUGAAGCUGAUCAUAUUGAAGCUUAAUACAUUCUUUCUAUAUUCCCCCCCCCCUUAAACACACACACACACACCAUUGCAUUUUUCUUCUUUGUCAAUAAAAAAAAAAAGAACAUUUACACUUGACAGCAAGCACAGAAAAAAAUACAUAGUGACAAUAAAUAAAUUUAUUUUAUUUUUUUUUUUAAAAAAA